GAUCUGCUGGUUAUCAAACAAAUGUGGCCACAAACCGCGUGUUGGAACAUCAACCACAUAUGGACAAACAAAUCGAACGAGUGUAGUCCUUGCAGCCUACCCCUGGCUAAGCACCAGUGGACCCUCCACGGGCUGUGGCCCUCGAACUCCAAAGGUAGCCACCCGUUCUACUGCAACAACAAUGUUAAGUUCAACCGGAAUCUCUUGGGCAAGGAGCUGAUCGACCAGAUGGAAGAGAAGUGGAUGACGUUGGACUUGGACACGGACAACGAGGUGUUCUGGAGACACGAGUGGAAUAAGCACGGGACGUGCGCCAUGAACCUCCCCAGCACCGACUCUAUGUCAAAGUAUUUCAUCAAGGCCAUCCAGCUGCUGAAUCAGUACAACGCUGGGAGGAUCCUUGCGGAAGCGGGAAUUUUGCCAGGGGGGACUUAUGCUUACAGAGACGUGGUAUCUGCCGUCGAAGAAUCCUUGGGGGUCAAAGUGAACGUGGGCUGUGCUAAGCAUUCGAUGUCCAAAAAAUCAUACUUACAUGAGAUGGGAGUGUGUUUCAAUACGUGGUUCGAGUUGGUUGACUGUCCUUACGGGAAAAACUACUGCAAAGAGGAAGUCUUGUAUCCUAAGACUCGCGAUGAGUGUCAGAGAUUUUAUCCAUAA